AUGGAGGCUGGAGUGCAGCUUCGCCUCUUCCUGCCCCGGCGAUUUGAUCAAACCCCUCGGCGGGAAUCGAACCCAAAAAGGAUAUCGGGAUCACAAGCCAUCGGCCUGAUGGCAACAGGAGGUGUAGCCUCGACGCCGCUGCGACCAGACGACUUUCACUCCUCUCCUUCUCAGACGGUCUGUCUGGCAUCAGUCCCUAACCCCCUCCCUCAAAUGGGCCCCGGAAUCCAGACACGUCAUGUCCUCAUCUGGCGCGUGUCGAAGGUUGCCGGGACAGCGGAGUUGGGUCGAUCGAGGGCUUCGUUGGAGGAGACACCACAAGCGGGGAUCACUUCGCAAAUGUCACUCCGAGCUGUCGGGUUGUGGGCAAAUGUAGCU